CGGAAGUCCUCCUCCAAUGUGUGACCUCAUCGUUACUGCUGACUGAUCUCUGUGAGGCUGAAGCUCAGCUCAGUGCGAUGUGCUCAGGGUUUAACUACUAAUUUAAAUUCAACACUGUUUCUGUGUGAAGUCGAAUAACCGGGACGUUGCCACCAUGAGUACCAUGUUUGCGGACACUAUUCUGAUCGUGUUCAUCUCUGUGUGCACGGCGCUGUUAGCCGAAGGGAUUACCUGGGUUCUAGUGUAUCGGACUGAAAAGUACAAAAGGCUAAAGGCUGAGGUAGAAAAACAGAGCAAAAAACUUGAGAAGAAAAAGGAAACCAUCACUGAAUCUGCCGGACGUCAACAGAAGAAGAAGAUCGAAAGACAGGAAGAGAAACUGAAGAACAACAACAGAGAUCUGUCUAUGGUGCGCAUGAAGUCCAUGUUUGCCAUUGGAUUCUGCUUCACAGCUUUGAUGGGCAUGUUCAACUCCAUUUUUGAUGGAAGAGUCGUGGCCAAAUUGCCGUUCGUGCCGCUGUCCUACAUCCAGGGACUGUCACAUCGCAACCUGCUGGGGGAGGAUUACACUGACUGCUCCUUCAUCUUCCUCUACAUCCUCUGCACCAUGUCCAUCAGACAGAACAUUCAGAAGAUGCUCGGCCUUGCGCCCUCCAGAGCUGCCACCAAGCAGGCCGGAGGCUUCCUUGGACCUCCUCCUCAGGCGGCCAAGUUCUCCUAAUCAGCUGCGGUCAUAACAUCUGCGUCGGAGCACAGACAGAACUGCUGGUGCUGGAGCUAACGUCCAACCUGUUGCAGCUACCGUAUCACUACUUUGUGUUUAAUUUCUCAUUCAUGUUGUUUAUUUAACUUUUAAGUUGUUUUGCUUAGAAAUUAGAGGAAGAGAAGUCGUUCUUAAUUCUGUUGAUUACCAAAGGUUACAAAUGUCUGCCACGUACUCAGCACAAUAACAUCUGAUCCUUUUUCAGUAUUAUUGUCAUUGUCUGUAUCUUACAUAUUAAUAAACAUUUUUUAAUUAAA